UUUCUCUAAAGAUUCCACUGAUCACUUGAGCAUAUCGAAGCAGACUAUUCGUUGUCACAUCCUCGACCUACCGGCUCUCACUCACAACAUGGCUGGAGUUGAAACUAUUCCUCCUCCGUCCGCGGAGUGGAAGGGCGACAGUGAUGCAACCCCCAACUUCCGAACCCUGGGAAAGUUGUCGCCUCCUGUGAUGCGCAAAAUCGAGCCAUUUGGUGCCCAGUUCCUUGCUUAUGCCCGCCGCAAGCGCCAUGGCCGUACCUUCUCCGAGGACGACCGUAUACAGGCUUUGUCCAAAGUCAAAAAGUCGGAAGACGAGGACGAUGGCGAGAUUAGUGAACCCGAGGACCCCUUGAUGCUGACCCGUGACGCCAAAGACUGGAGGGGGCAAGAUCACUACGCCGUUCUCGGACUUUCCAAAUACCGCUACAAAGCCACCGAAGAGCAAAUCAAGAAGGCUCACCGAAAGAAGGUCCUCAGGCACCAUCCUGACAAGAAGGCUGCAGCUGGCCAAGAUGACGAGAACGAUUCCUUCUUCAAGUGCAUUCAGCGUGCCUACGAAAUUCUGAUGGACCCGGUCAAGCGACGACAAUUCGAUUCCGUCGAUGAAGCCGCGGAUGUGCCCCCUCCGAGCAAGAAAGAAAUGCAGAAGCCUGGUGCCUUCUACAAGAAGUGGAACGCCGUCUUCGAGAGCGAAGCACGUUUCAGCAAAGUGCAGCCGGUGCCCAAGCUCGGCGACGAGAACAGCACCAAGGAAGAGGUUGAGCAGUUCUACGAUUUCUGGUACAACUUCGACUCGUGGCGGACAUUCGAGUACCUGGACGAAGAUGUUCCCGACGACAAUGAAGGACGUGACCACAAGCGUCACAUUGAGAAGAAGAACGCCAAUGCUCGUCGCAAGCGCAAGAAUGAGGACAUCGCGCGACUGCGCAAGCUGGUUGACGACUGCUUGAGCUACGAUGAGCGGAUCAAGAAGUUCCGCCAGCAGGCCAACGCCGAUAAGAACAAACGCAGGCUCGAAAAAGAAGCUGCUGCCAAGCGCGAGGCUGAGGAAAAGGCCAAGGCCAAGGAGGAAGAGGAGCGCAAGAAGAAGGAAGAGGAGGAGAGGCUGAAGGCUGAGAAGGAGCAGAACAAGAAGGCUAAGGAGGCGGCAAAGAAUGCCGUCAAGAAGAACAAGCGUGUCGUUAAGGGUAGCGUCAAGGAUGUCAACUACUUCGCCGAAGGUGGUGACGCCAGCCCUCAACAGAUUGAUGAUGUUCUCAACGAUGUCGACAAGCUCCUCGGCAACGUCGACGCUGACGAGUUGGCCGAUCUUGUCUCCAAACUCAAUGUGGCUGGCAAGGACGCCGGAAAGGUGAAGGCGGCAUUCAGUGCGGCCACUGGAGCCUUAGUCGGCGCCGGUAAACUGAAGGAGAGCGAUUUGAAGGUGCUCAAAUGAAGCAACGGUCUGACUCUCCGUAUUCCAUUAUUCUUGGGUACGGUUCAGUAUAGAAACGAAAACAUUGGCUGCAGCGACAAUAAUGAGCUGAAAGAAUCGAUUUCCACUAGUCAGCAUGGUUCUCAUCCAUGACAAUUUACGCGUUUUAGUCCCUAUGCCUAUCCCAAAAACAAAUGGAAUAGACGUGUAGAUAAUACAACCUCGUAACCCA